AUGUUGCAUUUGCAGAGUACACAGAUGCUGCAGAUGCUAGAGAAAUCUUUGAGGAAGAGCCUUCCUGAGUCCUUAAAGGUUUAAGGAACCAUUUUCCACAUGAACCAGGGAAAUCCGUUCAAUCUAAAGGCCUUGGUGGACAAGUGGCCUGAUUUCAACACAGUGGUUGUCUGCCCACAGGAGCAGGAGAUGACAGAUGACUUUGAUAACUACAGCAACAGCUAUAAAAUCUAUUCUAAAGAUCCCAAGAACUGUCAAGAAUGCCUUAGCAUGUCAGACAUCAUCAAUUGGAAACAACAUUUGCAGAUCCAAAGUACACAGUCCAGCUUGGAUGAGGUGAUACAGAGUCUUGCAGCUACUAAACUGGUCAAGAUCAAGAGAACCCAACGCCUUCUCUAUAUGAUGCCUGCUACAGCAGUUAAACUGGUCCCUUUUCUGCUGGAGACAAAUAACUUAUAUCCUAAAUAUGGCAAGCCCAAGGCCAUUAAUCAAGUGAUAUUUAAACUCUCAUCUCUGGAAAUCACCCAUGCUGCGUUGGUGAAUAAGUUAUGGCAAUUUGGUGGCAAUGAGAGGAGCCAGAGAUUCAUUGAGCGCUGUAUCCAGACCUUCCCCAGCUUCUGUCUGCUGGGACCCAAAGGGACUCCUGUCUCCUGGGUCCUAGUGGACCAGACUGGAGAACUACGAAUGGCAGGUACCAUGCCUGAGUACCAGGGCCAAGGUCUCAUGUCCUAUGUCACAUAUCACCAGGUCCAAGUUCUAGAGAAUCGUGGCUUCCCUUUAUAUAACCAUAUUGACAAAGCCAAUGAAGUCACGCGGAGACUGAAUCGUACCCUGUGUCAUGUGCUUAUGCCCUGUGACUGGAACCAAUGGAACUCUGUGCCUCUGUGA